GACGGCGGUGUGAGUGCUGAGUUCGGCCCCGCCCUCCCAGCGCCGCACUGGCCCGCCCUGCUCACACAAACUCCCCGCCUGAGCUCUGCCCGAGUCUGGGGAAAGCGUACGGCCUGGAGGCGGUGUGUGAAAAAGAAGUUAAAAAUUAUGCCGAUGACCAAGAGGGUCGAUGGAUGAAGAUGUGACGACCCUCUCUCCCCAUUCCCACCAGCCCAAUAUCAUCUUCCAUGGGUCAGGUGGGGAUGGUGAAGCCGAGGAGGUAGCAGUGGAGCUACAUGAGACGGUACUGGUUUCUGGAGUGGAGGAUGAUGGCAUAACGGUGCAUGGUUUUUCCCCUGAUGAGUUGGUUAUCCAGGAUGCCAUGGGAGACGUGGUGGCUGAGUAUGUACAGGACAAUGAUGAGGAGGAGGAUGAGGAAGGCCUAAGCACCAUUGCCGUGGGGACAUGUGUGAUGUCACCUGGGAUAGCUCUGGAGGAUGUGCUAAGUUCCUCUCAGGUGCAGGAGGACCCAGACGCGUGUGAAAACUACCUCAUGAUUUCCUUGGAAGAACCUGGGAAGAUUGUGUCAGAUGAUGAUGUUAAAGUUACGACCGAGGGCACUUUAGAGGAGCAGGACGACAGGGAAAAGGAGGACGAUGAUGGUCAAGAGGUCAUCAAGGUUUAUAUCCUGAAGGCUGACUCAGGAGAUGACGACCUGGGUGGCACUGUGGACAUUGGAGAUGCUGAUAUUGAGGUGGACGAAAGUGUGGAGUUGAUGGAUCCAUCUGCACUCAGUGAUAAAAUGGUCCUCAUGCCUGUGGGAGAAGCCGGUCAGAAUCAGGAAGACAUUAAUGUGGCUAAGAUAACUGAUGAAGUGUACAUGGAAGUGGUGGUGGGAGGUGAGGAGCCCGCCAAUCACCAGCGGCCAUUUGAUAACACCUCGCUUAGCAAGGACUUCAUGCCUGUAGCUUGGGCAGCUGCUUAUAGUGGGCAGGAGGCUGAGAGCUGUGAGAACAGGAAUGGAGCAGCCAGCGCAGUGUUACACGUCGAAGAGUCUGACAAUAUGGAGAAAAUCAACCACCAGCGAAUCAAAAGCAAGAACAAGAAACACACAGAGACGCGUCACAUCCAGACAGCAAUUAUCAUUGGUCCAUAUGGACAGCCUCUCACAGUGUAUCCGUGCAUGCUGUGUGGAAAGAAAUUUAAAUCGCGAGGUUUCCUGAAGCGUCACACCAAGAACCAUCAUCAGGAUGUCAUAAGCAAGAAGAAGUACCAGUGUACAGACUGUGAAUUCACCACCAACAAGAAAGUCAGUCUCCACAACCACAUGGAGAGCCACAAACUGAGCAGCAAGAGCGCACCGUUCGAGUGUGAAACGUGCGGCAAUGAGUUCCACCAGCAGGCGGCACUUAUCUCUCACCGGCUCCAGCACCAUUACAGAGAGCCGAAGCUGCAGAUUCCGCCGCCCGCUACAAAAAUGCACAGCUGCAAGUUCUGCGAAUAUGAAACGGCCGAGCAGGGACUUCUUAACCGGCACUUACUGGCCGUACACAGCAAAAACUUCCCUCACAUCUGUGUGGAGUGCGGGAAGGGCUUCCGGCACCCUUCUGAGCUCAAGAAGCACAUGAGAACUCACACUGGGGAAAAGCCGUACUCGUGCCUGUACUGCAGCUACAAAUCGGCCGACUCGUCCAACCUGAAGACGCACGUGAAGACGAAGCACAGCAAAGAGACGCCGCACAAGUGCGAGCGCUGCUUCCAGACCUUCGCCGAUCCCGAGGAGCUCCAGCAGCACACGCUCGCGCACGAGGAGGAAGCCAAGAGCCACCAGUGCAUGCACUGCGAGCAUCGCAGCUCCAACUCCAGUGACCUAAAGCGCCAUGUCAUUUCCGUUCACACUAAAGAAUAUCCACAUAAGUGCGACACGUGUGGAAAAGGCUUCCACCGGCCCUCUGAGCUCAAAAAGCACUCAGCCGCUCACAAGGCCAAAAAACUGCACCAGUGUCGCCACUGCAGCUUCAGGAUCGCAGAUCCGUUCGUGCUCAGCCGCCACAUCCUGUCUAGCCACACCAAAGAAACGCAACAGCAAACGCCAUUCUCGGACAAAAAAGGCCUGAAGAAGGCAUUUGUUCUGAGUGCUCACGGAGGGAAAAAGGUUUUGGCCAAAGUGCACAGGGAGCGCAGGGUGUAUCAGUGUCAGUAUUGCGAUUACAGCACAGGAGACGCCUCUGGCUUUAAGAGACACGUCAUCUCCAUCCACACCAAGGAUUACCCACAUCGCUGCGAUUUCUGCUCCAAGGGCUUCCGCAGACCAUCUGAGAAAAACCAGCACAUCGCACGCCAUCACAAAGACAUGAUGGCAUCUGUGUGAUGUUAGACAUCCUGACUGGAGUGUACGGGGUGUGCGAUAUGGCAGGGAGAAAAGAGGCAUCAUAAUUUUUAGUUUCACAGAAAAUUUUUUUGCCUAACAGCAUAACUGUAAAAUUGAGUUGAACUUUUUUUAAAUUUAAAAUUGAAGUGUUUAUGAAGUGACGCUAUUUACCAAGAAGAAUAAAAGGAAAAAAUUAGUUAUAUAUAUAGAUUUUAACAUCCAAUGAACGACUUGUUACUGCGAGUAACGUUGCACUUUGUUAAGUAUUGCUCAUGAUAUUGAUGCCAUAUCGUCACAUCGCACACCCCUAGCAGAGUCCUCUGUUUUAGCGGCUUCUUGUUUAGUCACGUUGAUCAUGCUAACACCAAGAACAUGUGUAGUGUAGAGAUAGUGCCCUAACAUUGUCCCUGUGUUCCAUUUUUUUUUUUUUUUAACGUUCCUUUUUCUAAUCAUUAUAAUUCCGCCACCUCGUUCUGUAGGAGUGGGCGGUGACACUAGGUAUAUGGUAAUAUUCACAACAGCGUAUUAGAAGCAGGUAAUGGAAUACAGAUAUCUGCUAAUACUGCAGUGUAUGUGUGUGUGUGCUUACCACAGGAGAGAAUUUCAACAUUUCCCAGUACUGAAAAAAGGUCAGAUUAUGAGGGAAGGAAGGAAGGAAGGAAUGGUGUAAAAUAUCUCCCCUGUCAAUCAUAUUAAUGCCAGCCAAUCACAGCAGAAAAAGUCUUUUUCUAAACGUUUAGUAAUGAAAUUUAUCAACUUUCAUUGAAUUCUAGGAAGCUUGCUGUUCUUUAGUCAGUACGUGGAAAUGUGCAGAUGAUCUUUUGCGGUUUUGUUGAACACACAUACACUACAGAUGAGGUGGCGAUUAUGCCCUCAAUCCAGAGGGAUUCACAUUUCCAUCAAACGCUUAUGAAGUAAACCGAUUUAUGGAAUUGCCUUGUAUAACAUAAUCAACCUUUGAGACGUUUAAGCGUUUGUGCUAAACGUUGCACUGUAUUCAGUUCACACUGCCGACAGAAAGAGGUCCUGAAACAAACUUGAUGGGGAAAGUUUGAUUUGAUGAUUAUGUUCCUGGACUAAUUUUUUUUUUUUUGUUGUUCUUGUUUUAAAGGCACAUUCUUGCUAUUUUAAAACCCUCACAAUUGAGCUUUCUGUUAAAUUAUAAAGAGGGGUUUCUUGCACAAAGUCAAAUUAAGAGACUGACUGCUCUGAUGUUAAAAUCAAGCUAUAGUAGCUUUGUUUAUGCUAUAAGUAUGAUAAUUAAAACCAGAGUACCGUUCAAUCACAAGCAGCCCUGAGCUCUUCCCGUAUUAAAAUGUCUCCAUUUCAGGAAACGGUCUACAUGUAGCAACAAUUUUUAAGCUAGCAGUCAGGAUGCACCAGUUUCAUCUCAUAUUAAUAAGUCAGACCUCUUCCAUCUUGGCAACAUAUUUUGCAUGACAUUUCUUAAGUCAGGGAACUUUUACGUAGUCAGAAUAACAGCCACAGCACUGAUCAGAUCAGAGUCGUCUUUCAGGACGAUAUUAUAAUGAGCCUGGCGAUGGUUUUUAUGCCAUCCUACCUGCAGAUGCACAUGCAAGGCGACAUUACACCCACCAUGCUAGCAAAAAUUCUUUGGUCAUAUAAUGCAAUAACACCGACUUCAUCUCAGAUACAGAAAAUCUACUAAAAACGAGGAGUUAUCUUAGAAGCUAGGCACCAUAUAUUCUAAUUUGUCUGUAUUUAUUUAGUCCAUUAAUAUUGAAAUCAUGACUGUGUUUAAAUUUGGCAGUUUUUAGAUGCGUGUGUGUGAAUGUGUGGGGGGCUGGGUGGGGCUUGGGUUUGAAUGAAAUAUUAGUUGUUAAACCAUUAAUGGAUGACUAAAGCCACCUACACGGAAGAUCUAAAGUAUUUAUAUCACAAUAAAUUUAUCACAGCUCACAAGAUUAUCAUGACAUAUCAGUGUGACAUGUCUUAACUAAGGACCCUUAGCAGACACCUGUCCUUCUUAUUCUACCAAUUCUAUCUAGGCUGCUUGCAUCUGAAAUAGAUUUUAAGUACAGAAUAAUCAUGUUAAGGGGACUGACCAGGGCCUUUUGUCUAUAAACGUGUAGAGGAAUGAUGCACAUGAUUCUCACAAAAUCUAAUGUAUAACUUUGAAUAGGUAUAUCCCGAAAGACCUUGUGUACAUAUAUAACUUUUGUAAAUACAGAAUUAUUAAAAAAAAAUAGACUAUUUUGUGUCUGACUAUUUUGUGUUUGACGUUCACGAAGUCUGAGUUCUAGUUCGAGUUAGUUUUAGUAGAAGGUAAACGCAACUGAGUCACCUCACUCACAUAAACUAUAUGGCCAAAAGUAUUCGGACAUAACAUUUGGAUCAUAACCUUGUAACGUUCAAUUUUUCAGUUCAGUUUAUUUGUAUAGUUACUAUUUUGUUUCUUUCAUUUCAUUGUCUGUACCGCUUAUCCGAUCUGUGCUCGGGUCACGGGGAGCCUGUGCGUCACACAGGAUCUCGGGCGUCAUUGGGCAUCAAGGCAGGAUACACCAUGGACAGAGUGCCAACCCAUCACAGGGCACACACACACACACACACAUUCACUACAGGCAAUUUAGAGACUCCAAUCAGCCUAGUAGCAUGUCUUUGGACUGUGGGAGGAAACCCACCAAGCAUGGGGAGAACAUGCAAACUCCACACACACAGUGAGCGGGCGUGAGACUCCAACCCAGGACACUGGAGGUGUGAGGUGAACGUGCGAACCACUAAGCCAUUAAGUUACUAUUUUGUCCCUAUCUCUAAUGAGCAAGCCUGUGGCAAUGGUGCCAAGGAAAAACUCCCUGAGAUGAUAUGAGGAAGAAACCUUGAGAGGAACCAGGCUCAGAAGGGAACCUCAUCCUCAUUUGGGUGACACUGGACAGCAAACGAUGCAAAUGCAAACAAUUUCCCCUCUACAACAGCAACCAAGAGCCCCCCGAGGAACCACCAGGCCAGUGCAGCCUCCGAGCUCAUCACAGACUUAACACUAAUUCCUUGCUGUCACAAGCUGACAGAUGCAACGGCAGUUCAGUGACGGGGUGAUAGUCUCAAAGUGGUUCUAUCCACAGCAGUCCCCUGGGUCACAGGCUGUCAACGCAGAUAUAUCCAAAGCAGCAGUGAGCACCACCAAACGACGAGACUCCAACCAGGGGUAGAGCGUCUGGAUGGAUGAGGCAUGUCCAGAGUAGUCACACUAACAUUCCAACAAACUGUUGGCACAGAGGAGGAAGCACGCAGUAGUGGCUCAAUUGGUUAAGGCUCUGAGUUGUUGACCGGGGUUCAAGCCCCACUGUCGGGCAGUUGAGCAAUGCCCUUAACCCUCUCUGCUCCAGGGGCGCUGUAUCAUAGCUGCCCAUGUACUCUGACCCCAACUUCCACAGCUGGGAUAUGCGAAGAAAAGCAUUCCACUGUGCUGUAAUUUAUGUGUGGGAAUAAUAAAGACUUCCUGCCCUUCAA